CAACCUAAAACUAAAUCCCUAAAAAGGCAAAACAAUAACAUUAGAGCAAGAGUUGGGUGUUUGGUCUCCUUUCUCUAUGAAAAAAGAAAAAUACAGAAUGCUUCAAUGUUUUAUACACAUUAUCUAAGUGCUACGCUAUCCGAAAGUCAACAGAGUAUUAUGGCGUUUUAUGACAACAAAUAUUGGAUUCUUUCCCAUGUAAGAAACUCAUUCUUGUACUCAGAUGAUACUGGCAUGUGCGAAAUGAUAUUGCAGAACGCUGAUAUACCAAAGAAGAUCAGAGAAGAGGGUAAAAAACAGUGGUUUGGAAAUUUAGAUGAUUCAGAAGAAGAGUUUGAUGAUGAUGGACGAAUUCACACAAGAUCUCUAGGAAAUGGUAAUGAUGACUUUGGAACUCGGAGGAGAAGGCUUAACACAGUGGUGAGGCUUGAGAAGAUGAGGAAAGAACAGCAAGCAGCCGCCAUGAUCAGUACCAUUAGAUGGAAAGAGCCAGAUUUGACCAAUCUAGAUCAAGGUGAAAAGACCAAGAUGUUUCAAAAGAAGGAAGUGGUUGCUCAGAAUUCCAAAUCUGCCCUUUCUAAACUUAUGGCUGAGCACGCCUCGGAUCCCGAUUCGCCAUUCAUUGAGUAUGCAAAAUUUGAUGGGAAUUCUCAAUUGAGAGCACCCACAAGAACAAUAAGGAUAUUUUUAAGCAUGCAAAGUGCUGAAGACCGCAACUUUCCUAUGACCGUUUGUGUUGUGGCUUCGGCAAAGGUUUCUGAACUUAUCGGCCUUGUUUGUUACAAAUACAGCCACGAAAAAAGAGAACCUCCUUUAACUGGAUCUGUGGAUAAUUACGCACUAUUCAUUGCCGAAGACGACGGAAGUCCAGAUGCCGAUUUCCCUUGCCUAGAACCUAAAGAAGUUGUUGGGAAGUUUGGAUUCACCUCCCUGGCUUUGGUUCGCUCUGCCAAUCCCCCAAAGGAGGCGAAGAAAGACGUCGAGACUAAUAAAACAGUUGAUCAACUCAACACUGAGAAACCAGAAGAGCGUGGGGCUGUUCUGGAAUCUACCGACUACCAUUCGUUCAAAGGAUUUUUGCUACACAAAGUUCGGCCAAACACGGAAAUAACUUUGGGAAUUUCGUGGGACCAAGUGGAGAUCAAGCCUUGCCCAACUAGUCGGUCUGUAACAACUUUACUGUGGUCAAGGCCCAAUCUCAAACCAACCCGUUUACCUAUUGAAGUGAUCGUAGAUUGUGUUCCUAUGCAAACAUUGCCAGCAUCAGUUGCUAUUAUGUAUUACGACACAGAUAAAAGAAAAUGGAGGCGUUUGCGAAUUGAGUGUGACUCGAAGACCAUCGAACAAGUUGUGGCGAAGUUAAAAUUCAUAUUAGAAAUCCGGGGAGGACUUUACCGCCAGGAGUACCUCCAUCACAUGUCAUACGUCAACAAGAAAGCCAGCCUGAUUCGUUAAAAGAAAUUUUAAUAAUUCAAUUGUUUGUUUAAUAAACCUUAAAAUGCGAAA